CGUAACGACGCGGCCACUGGGGCCCGGAGUUCCGAGUCUGCCUUGAUAGGUCCCUCCAGCUUUUCCCUUUCCCAGUACCGCCUCCAUCGUCUUGGACUGUCUUCAAACGAAAGGAGAUGAGCGAACUAGAGUCAGCUGCCUCCCUAUUUGGUUCUUCAAGCGACAGCUCAAGGGACCCAUUUACUUCGAACGAAGUAGACGACCCAUUUUCCGCCAUUGUGUCUUCCAAUACUCAUGACUCCACAACUUCGGAUCCAUUUUCUACCUCUAAUUCUCCUCCAGAACACUUUGCGACGGCUCCAGCAUCUGAAACACCUUUCUAUUCAACCUCGCGGAAUGACUCAGACAUAUUUGCCAGUAUCACUAACCAGUAUCAGGUAGACUCUCAACCCGAGUUUCCACCGUCUGUGGGAGAUGUGCACGGAGGUAAUAGCUGGUCGGGUGGUGCUGUUGAUGGUGAUGGUGUGAUAGGAGGAAACCGUGCAGUAACUGCGGCGUCGGACUUGGGUUCAGACGUAGGCGCACGCUACGAACCGACCACUUCCAUGCAAACUCAAACCUACGGGAGAGAACGUUCAGGAUAUCAAACGCAAAAUGGGUUUGGGUACGGCUAUAGCGGGUACGCACAGAACUCUGCUAGCGAAUUGUCGACUCCUGCUCCAAACGUUUAUGAUCCUUAUGCAUCUCAAUCUGGAACGACCUACAACGCUAACGCUUAUGAUUCAUAUGCACCUAAACUAGCUUCUACUGCUCCCGCGCAAUCUGCGAACGGCUAUAACCAGUCAAAUGCAUACACACCGGCAAUACAAGCGCAGACCUCGCAUCAGACCUUUACAGCAACCAAUUCAACGUAUUCCUAUGCGUCUACCACAAACUCCACGUAUACAACGACAAGCCAAAAUCUGCAAUCUGUGCCACCUCCUCCGGUUCCCAAAGCGCCUCUCAAUCGACCUAAAGUGUCGAAUGCCUACGAUCCGCCUUUUCCGGUGACAAGUUCCACACGCAGAGCUCCUCGUAACGUUUACAGCUUUUCGUCUGCAUACGGGUCUCCUCCUCCUCCCGAUCCCACCAGCUCCGUAACGAUUCUUUACGGCUCUUCGUACGGGCCUGCACAGCACCCCAGUUCAAGUCCGUCCGCGUUUCACCAGCCGAAAACGACGACAACAAUACACGAUCUCAAUUCCGCUUCACUGAGUCAGGAUCAGCCUUCUCAAAUUGCCAAUGGAGCGCAAUUUUUACCUUCGCAGGGGCCUUCGGUCGAUCCUCACGCGCCACAGAGUACGGCCAAUGUAUAUUCGACUCCUAUGUCGACCUCAGUUUCACCUUCUCCACCUCGAUCGUCCUUCAGUCCUCCUCCGAGAAAUAGUUCGGUUACCAGCAGCUUACGCUCCCCUCCCAUCAAUAUAUCACCUUUGACUGGAAUAGCCUCACCGCCUCAGGCCCCUCUUCGUAAUGCUUCUCCUGAGGGCCUGAUGUCAUCCCGUAAUGGCAGCAUGCAAACGGUUUCAACAGUUACGCCUCCUCCAGCCUCAGAAGUCAGUAGGGUCUCGUCACCUGCCUCACUUCGGACGGGGAGCCCCUCCAUUCACAACUUGGUAACACAUCCCCAAUCGUCACAACAAAUACUACGGACGAGUUCCCCUGCGCCGCUUGCCGCUGUUUCUUCAGCUGUCGCUGAUUCCUACGCACCUAACACCAGUCGCUCCACUGUUCUCGCUGCGGCCCCCUCUGAGCUUCGUUCAACGGCAAAUCCGUACUUGCCAAAUUCCCUUUCUUUAGAGUCCAUCCAGUCCACAGACGCCACAUUUCCCUCGUCUAGGGAAGCUGUUCACGACUCUCGAUAUCUGCCAAAGACAUCGUCCACCUUACCACCAGUGCCAUUCAAUGGACCACCGCUCCCUUCGGACGGUCCCACCGCCAGCGAUUCUUACGCACUCGCCCGCCGCCCUCACAAGCAGACGAGUGAAGCGGAUUACGGCCCUUUCACCUCGAGAUACGAUUAUCCGAACCAGGAACUAUUACCUCCUGUUCCCUCACAUAGCCUCGGUCCUCCACAGGAAGUCAAAGCUCUGACACAUGCUCCUUACGCCCCAUCGCCUUCGUUAUUAGGCACCAACGAUCCGCUAGGUCGCACGAGCGCCCAUGUUCCCGUGUUCAGCUUUGGCUUUGGAGGAAGGAUUGUGACGUGCUUCCAUGGCGCGGACAAGUUGAGCACUGGAUUUGAUGUCGCCCUUGCGUCUCGAAAUUCCACCGGUGUACAGAUACGGGUGCUCAAUAAAAUCAUUCCAGAAUCUGCUCUAGAUCUUUCCCCCUCCUUUCCAGGGCCAUUGUUCUCGGAUCCUGGAACACCAACGACUGGCCUUGUACGUCCAGGUGCCUCUGCACAGAUAAAAAAUAAGAAAAUACGCCUUCUGAAAUAUCUCAGUGAUCGAGCGGAAGAGAUAUCAUUGGGACUAGGCUAUCUUCAUACGGGGAGUCCAGAAAAACGUCAGGCAGAGGGUAAAUUGGUUUUGGUCCAGCUGUUGAAGAUUAUGAUUGAACACGACGGCAAACUGGUGGGGUCCCCACAAGCAGAAGUCGCUAUUCGAAAUGCAUUGGUUCCAGAAUUAGACCUUUCAGUUUCAGCCAAUUCCGGCACUGAUACUUUCGUUUCGCCCGGAUUUUCUGCGAUCGGUGAAAAUAGAUCCCUCAGAUCCCAAUUGGCCGGUAGCGCCGAUGACCCUUUGGAUCCUGCAAUUCAAGUAACGACCUUACGACCAUCUUCGUUGGAUAAGAUACAAGAUUUCCUUUUAAGAGGUGAAAAACGCAAAGCCUAUCAUUACGCACUGGAUCAAAAACUUUGGGCUCACGCUAUGGUUAUCGCCAGCGGGAUCGAUAAAGAGGCGUGGAAGGAGGUCGUCAAUGAAUUCUUACGGAUGGAAUUGGGGUCAAAGGAUAUGGCGCCGAGACCCAAUGCAAAUCUGGUUCUUUCUCAAUCCCAAGCGCCUGCUGUUACAACUAAUGGGAGGGAGGGACUCAGAGUUGCAUAUAGCUUAUUAUCUGGGCAAGGAGCAGCAGCAGUGCAAGAGUUGAUACCUCACAGCUCAAUUGUACAACUCCAGGGGCAACCUCGACUAGGUAUCCCAAUUUCUCACUCAACGCCCAUGACUCCGAACUUUGUUGCUCCACCUCCUGCUGCGAAUAUUCCACCGGAAGCAUUAUCAAAAUGGGCCGAAAUGGUCGCUAUGAUGUUAUCGGGAAACAUGAGUCCAGAAACGUCGUCUGCUCUCACCGCACUCGGCGAUCAAUUGAGUGGCAACCAAUGGGUGGAAGCUGGGCAUGUCUGUUAUCUUCUUUCCCCUCAAACCUCUCCGAUCGGAGGCCUGGUCACCACUGGUGCUCGAAUAAUCUUACUCGGUGCCCCUCAUCCUCAGAUUUCAACGAGUUCUUUGCGAAAUAACGAUGCGGUCGUAUUCUCUGAAAUACUCGAAUUCGCGUUAGGGCUGAACCCGCCUGUGAAAGGCCACGAACCAUUCCACGGUCUGCCACAUCUACAGGCCUUCAGAUUGAUCAGAGCAAUAUUACUUGCCGAGGUUGGGGAGAUUGCACUGGCCAGCAGGUAUUGUGAAGCGAUCGCAGGCUCUAUGAACCGGUCCUCUCCCUACUUCACCUCGGUACUAUCCGACCAACUUCGAGGACUGACAGAUCGAAUUGCAGGGACAGCACACUCGGAAAAAUCCAAUUCGUGGGUUGGUAAUAAAUUGGGUAAACCGAGCCUUGACAGUAUCGGUGGAUGGUUAGAAGGUCGGUUCACUAAAUUGGUUACUGGAGAUCCCGAGGAAGACAACGAAACUCGAAAUGAUGGUAACAAAGGUGAUGAACAAGGAUAUACUUUCUCCGGACCAUUCUCGUCUCAGUACAGUGCAAUAUCCUCGACAACUACCUCCAAUGAUCCAAGUCCGCAGUCGAGUGUCGUCAAUCUCAACUCCUACGCACCCCCAUCAAGCAUCCCGGGUAGGACAGGGUCCUCGAUGUCCAAUAGGUCUUUGUUGAAUCAUCAUUCCGUGCCCGUGCCCGUCCCUCAGGAACGAGCAGCGUCAGCAAUGGACUACGGACCUCGUCGCAAAGCCUCGCCGGGCCCCCGUAUUGCUUCUGCUAGCGCUUCCACCACCACAUUUGCUCAGUCACGAAUAAUGGGACAAGCACGCUCUAUUUACUCGCCGCCAGGUACUGCCAAGCAGGAAGAAGUACGCCGGACAUCUUUUGAGAUUAACGAGGAAGAUGAAGGACAGGAAGUUAAAUGGUGGGGUGCCAGUGGACACGGAGAUGAUGUGAAGACGCCGAGGACAGCUACAUUCGUACAGUUUGCAGCUGCUGAUCAACCCAUCACUACCUCGGAGGAUGGUUUCAUAUCUUUGAUGGAUAGUAAUCAUUACAUGCCACAACCCAGUGCGAACGCCAGCCAACGAUCAUCCCCCACCCUUCAGGAGGAAGAGGAGGAAGACCUUGGGUUUGGCAACUCAAAACGUAAACCCAAAACUUCCAACUCGAAUGAGAGUGACCCAGCUAAAGAUGCAAACGAAUCAAAGGUCCCCCCUCAGAGACCCGAGGUCAAACCUACACCCGCCGCCAAUUCUUCGAGCUCUGGCUCUUGGUUAAGCCGAUGGUGGAGGCGUGAAUCGACUCCAGGUCCUGUGAAGGCAAAUCUUGGAGAAGAAAAAACAUUCUACUAUGACAAGGAGCUGAAGCGUUGGGUCAACAAGGCCACUGAAGUAACCAACGUACCGAAAUCUGAAACACCACCCCCACCUCCUUCUCGUGCUCAAACGACAUCACCCGGGAUGUCGAGUGGUGCCGGUCCCAGACCUCCAAGCACUGGACCACCUCCGCCGCCACGCUCAGCAUCUGCUGCUGAUGUAACGGGAUCAGGCCCUCCACCUCCAAAAGGCGGUACGAUGCGUAUACGAUCGAAUCUAGUGCCCUCGGACGCACCACACUCACUACCCAGUACACCCGCUGCCUCCAGCCUGACGCUUCCCAGCGGCCCGCCUAGUCGGCCAAGAUCGUCUCAAGCUGCCAAAAGAAACCUCAGGAGCCGUUAUGUAGAUGUCUUUCAACAGGAAGGUGCAGCUUGAGGACGAGCACAUGUGACUUUAGGUUGAUGUCCCCGUUGACUUUUUUUGAUCUUUAUUAG